UUCAAGUGAAGCCGCAUGAAGUUUCUCCUUUUUUGUUCCUCGUAAAUAACAUUAAAUAUUAUGUUAUGAAAUUAUGAAAAGCCUUAUUUAAGAAACAUCUUCUAACAACACAUCGGCAAAAUGUCUCCUUCGAGCCGGAUUCGAACCAGCGACCUAAGGAUUACAGUGUAAUACAGUCUACAGUCCUCCGCUCUACCAACUGAGCUAUCGAAGGCCUACGUCAUGAGGAUCUGACGUUCCUUUACAACGACAAAGGUCACAUGGGUGGGGCGGACCUUAUAAAACCUUCAGGCUUCCAUGGAGAACAGCUCACUCUUUCCUCUCUCUUCCUGGGCAUAAAGUUAAAUCGUUGGUCAGUGACCCUUUCUUCCUAUAAAACUCAGAAGUAGCACCAUGUGUGACACAGAAGAGUACGUAGAGGAGUUUGAGGAGGAACAGGAGGAGGAGAACGAAGCGGAAGAGGCAGAGGCUGAGGAGGAGGUUGAAGAGGAAGAACAUGAAAAAGAGGCAGAGGAGGAAACCAAGCCCAAACCUAAGAUGUUUGUUCCCAACAUUAUAGCACCAAAGCUGCCUGAUGGAGAGAAGGUGGACUUUGACGACCUCCACCGCAAGCGCUUGGAGAAAGACUUCAAUGAACUUCAGGGUCUCAUUGAGCACCACUUCAGCAACAGGCAGAAGGAAGAGGAUGAACUUGUAACUCUGAAGAACCGCAUCGAACGGCGCCGGGCUGAACGUGCCGAGCAGCAGCGGACCAGAGCCGAGCGAGAGCGAGAGAAGCAGGCACACCUGGCCGAGGAGAGGGCGCGGCGUGAGGAGGAGGCAGCCAAAAUCCGUGCGGAGGACGAUGUCAGGAAGAAGAAGAUCCUCUCCAAUAAGGGCUACGGGGGGUACCUGCAGAAAGUGGAUCAGAAGAAAGGCAAGAGGCUGACGGAACGCGAGAAGAAGACUAAGGCGCUUAUGGAGCGUCGCAAGCCCCUCAACAUCGAUCAUCUGAACCAGGAGAAACUGGGAGAAAAAGCUCUGGACCUGUGGAAGUGGCUCUGUGUACUCCACGCAGAGAAGUUUGACCUGGCGGAGAAGCUAAGGAGGCAGAAGUAUGACAUCAAUGUUCUGCGUAAUCGCGUUAGUGACCAUCAACGGGGAGCCAAGACAACUAAGAGCGCCAGGAAAUCCUGGAAGUAAAUUGAAUGGAUUAACACCUGCAAUUAUGCAUAAUACAAUGAACAUCCCAAAAGGUUUGUUGGAAACAUCAUUUCAAGCAUCCCAUCAGACUUUUUAGGACAAGAUCAUUUCUUUUCUUUUUAUUUGGAAAAACAUGUUUCUCUUGACCUUGCACUGUUUGUUCAUUUUAUGCAUUAUACAUGCAGUGGGUUUUGUUGUGUAAAUGUAUUGUUUCUAGAGCCUUUAGCGAAAGCUCACACAGCAUCUUAAUGUGAGGUUUGUCUGCAGAACAUUGCUGCCUUGAAAUAAUAGUAUAAACGUCUCACAAGCGUAGACGUAAUUCAAAAAUGGAUUAUACAACAUUUAGUAGAAAAUUGUUGUUGAAUUGUUUUUGACUGCUUACCCCAAUUACUACAAAUAUCCCAGAAGGCAUCAAAGCCGUUU